AUGGCUGGAAACAACUCCGUUGACGCUGACAGGGUCAAGGACGCUGAGCCUCAGAUCUUCGAGGAUGAAAACCCCGAAAAGCCGAUCCCCCGUAACACGAGCAAAGUAGACUAUUCUGGCGCGCAGGAGAAGACUGAUCCUAAGGAAAUCGCCCUGGUGAAGAAGUUGGACAGAUGGAUCAUGCCGAUGCUCUGGUCAAUGUAUUGGCUCAACUACCUGGAUCGCAAUGCCAUUGCGCUGGCACGUCUUAAUGACCUCGAAGAGGACCUCAAUCUCACUGGAUCCCAGUACCAGACUUGUGUGUCGAUUCUCUUCGUUGGUUACAUUUUGGGCCAGAUUCCAUCGAAUAUGUUCCUCACUCGUACUCGCCCAAGCCGCUACAUGGGUAUCAUGAUGAUGCUUUGGGCGGUUGUCAGUGCUUUGACUGCUGUAUCCAAGGACUUCACUGGUCUUCUCCUUACCCGAUUCUUCCUCGGAGUCACAGAAGCCCCGUAUUACCCUGGAGCUGUCUAUUUGCUUUCCAUCUUUUACACCCGUAAGGAGGUCGCGACCCGAAUCGCCAUCUUAUAUACUGGGAACAUCCUCGCUACCGCUUUCGCUGGCCUUAUCGCUGCGGGUAUCUUCCAUGGGAUGGACGACGUUGGAGGCCUUGCUGGCUGGAAGUGGCUGUUCAUCCUGCAAGGCGCAGUGACCUUUGUCAUUGCUGUCGUCGGCUUCUUCCUUCUCCCUGACUUUCCCCUGACCACUAAAUGGUUGACGCAGGAGGAGCGCGAUCUCGCCCACAACCGAAUGGAACUCGACACUGUUGGUAACAAGGGAGAGACAAGCACCUGGAAAGGUCUGGGCCAGGCUACCAAGGAUCCAAUGGUGUGGAUUUUCUGCGCCAUGGCGCAUAUGCACCUUGCUGCCAACGGCUUCAAGAACUUUUUUCCCACCGUCGUUGAGACCCUUGGUUUCAACACAACCAUCACCCUGGUCCUCACCUGCCCUCCAUACCUUAUCGCCGGUGCCGUUACUAUUGCCGUUUCCUGGUCAUCUGGCAAGUUCAACGAGCGAACAUGGCACAUCACUAUUUCCAAAGCCGUUGCUGUCAUUGGCUUCGUUUCGGCAUGCGCCACUCUCAACACGGUCACCAGAUACGUGUCAAUGGUGAUCUUCACCAUUGGGACAUACGGCGUCAACAGUCUCAUUCUUGGUUGGUGCGGCAGUGUCUGCGGGCAGACCAAAGAGAAGAAAGCGGCGGCAAUUGCUUGCGUUACCAUGAUUAUGAACAUCAGCUUUAUCUGGACACCUUACCUCUGGCCGAGCAGCGACGAGCCUCGCUACGUUAUUGGCAUGUCAAGCAGUGCUGCUUUCAGCGUCGCAACAGCCGCUCUUGCGUGGCUCGCUAAGAUUAUUGUGAAGAGGCGGAAUGCGAGACUAAGGGCAUCCAAUGACGAAGCCACCGCAUUCUACGUCUAUUAG